CCCGCACUCCUCGAGCUCGCUCACGCCAUUUAUACUCCUCCUCCUCCUAGCUGCGUGGAGGCGUGGAGGGGAGGGCUACUGGUGGUUUCUUUCUGCUGCUGAGCCAUGGCCAUGGCAGCCACGUCCUGCGCGCCGGCCACGCUCGGCCCGGCGUCGUUCGCCGGCGGCGCUCGGCGGGGCACCGGGCGCCCCGCCAGGGUGCGCUGCUCGCUCGACAGCAACGUCUCCGACAUGGGCGUCAACGCUCCAAAAGGACUGUUCCCGCCGGAGCCGGAGCACUACAGGGGACCCAAGCUCAAGGUGGCCAUCAUAGGGGCCGGCCUCGCCGGCAUGUCGACCGCGGUGGAGCUCUUGGACCAGGGUCAUGAGGUUGAUCUGUAUGAGUCCCGGCCAUUUAUCGGCGGCAAAGUUGGUUCUUUUGUGGAUAGGAAAGGGAACCACAUUGAGAUGGGCCUUCACGUGUUCUUCGGCUGUUACAGCAAUCUUUUCCGUCUUAUGAAGAAGGUUGGGGCUGAUGAAAAUCUGCUAGUGAAGGAGCAUACCCAUACGUUUGUAAAUAAAGGAGGCACGAUUGGUGAACUCGAUUUCCGGUUCCCUGUGGGAGCUCCGUUACAUGGUAUCCAAGCAUUUCUAAGAACUAGCCAACUCAAGGUUUAUGAUAAAGCAAGAAAUGCAGUUGCUCUAGCUCUAAGCCCAGUUGUUCGAGCUCUUGUUGAUCCAGAUGGUGCAUUGCAGCAAGUACGGGAUUUGGAUGACGUAAGUUUCAGUGAUUGGUUCUUGUCCAAGGGUGGUAGUCGGGAGAGCAUCACAAGAAUGUGGGAUCCUGUUGCCUAUGCUCUUGGUUUCAUCGACUGUGAUAAUAUCAGUGCUCGUUGCAUGCUUACCAUUUUCACUCUGUUUGCCACAAAGACAGAGGCAUCUUUGUUACGCAUGCUAAAGGGCUCACCUGAUGUUUACCUAAGUGGUCCAAUAAAGAAGUACAUAACAGACAGGGGUGGUAGGUUUCAUCUGAGGUGGGGAUGUAGGGAAGUUCUCUAUGAUAGGUCGCCUGAUGGGGAUACCUAUGUUAAAGGCCUUCUCAUCUCCAAGGCUACAAGUAGAGAGAUAAUCAAAGCAGACGCAUAUGUCGCAGCUUGUGAUGUCCCGGGGAUCAAAAGGUUGCUACCUUCUGAAUGGAGGCAAUGGGAUACAUUUGACAACAUCUACAAGUUAGAUGGUGUUCCUGUCGUAACUGUGCAACUUCGCUAUAAUGGAUGGGUUACUGAACUUCAAGAUUUGGAGAAAUCAAGACAACUGAAAAAGGCAGUUGGCUUGGAUAAUCUUCUCUACACUCCAGAUGCGGAUUUCUCCUGUUUUUCAGACCUUGCACUUUCAUCUCCUGCUGACUACUACAUUGAAGGACAAGGUUCCCUGAUCCAAGCUGUGCUAACCCCUGGCGAUCCUUACAUGCCAUUACCGAACGAGGAGAUAAUUAGCAAGGUUCAAAAGCAGGUCUUAGAAUUAUUCCCAUCAUCAAGAGGCUUGGAACUUACAUGGUCGAGUGUGGUGAAAAUCGGUCAAUCGUUGUACCGUGAGGCUCCAGGAAACGAUCCAUUUAGACCUGAUCAGAAGACUCCAGUUAAAAACUUCUUCCUGUCCGGCUCUUACACAAAACAGGACUACAUUGACAGCAUGGAAGGGGCGACUCUCUCAGGCAGGCGAACAGCGGCCUACAUCUGUGGGGCUGGAGAGGAGCUGCUCGCCCUGCGAAAGAAGCUCGUCGUCGACGACAGCGAGAAGGCCCUGGGGAAGGUUGAGGCCCUUCAGACAAGCUGAGUUUCAGAAUGGCACUCUUGCUGGAGUGGACUGGGAAGGUUGAGGCCCUUGCAGGCGAUUUCUGCAGCGACUCCUGUAAAAAUCCUGUCUGAGCACUGGAUCGAUUUUGCCGCUGCCAUACACGAAAUUGUUGGCCCGUUCAUGGUGUUUUCGAUAUAAACUUUGUGAUUUGAGACCAGAGUGUGUAGGUUGGCAUACGGGAUUGCAUCAGGCAGCGUGUAGUUCUUCAGCUUAACCGAUCAUUGAACCCAUUGGUAUAUUUUGUCAAAAAUAUAGUGCACACAUCACUUGAAAUCUUGUGAGAGAUGGUGCUUAAUUUGAUGAGUCCUACAGCACUUUAUAGGGUUUAUUACUUUAUUUAGGCUUGUAUAUAAGGUGUACUAUAAUAUUGUGUGGUGGUGUUCAG